AUGGAUAAUUUAAAUGAAUAUAUGAGUAAAUUUCUUAUUAAAGGGGUACAUUUGUUAUGUACAGAUAAAAAUGAUAAUUAUAACAUUAAAUUAGUCAAUGAGAAGUCGUUCAUCUGCGGCUCAUUCUGGGCAAUAUCAGGUUUAUCAGCCUCAAAAUGGAAUAUAAACCAGGAAGAUUUGAAAAAGAUAUUGAGAAGGUUGAGAUUGUGUAUAAAAACAAGUAAAAUUGACGAAAAAACUGGAGUUAAGGGGGACCAUACACAAGCAAAUUGUACCAAUACAGUGAAAGGAUUCUGUGAAUUUACGGACCAGAAUUUGUACGAAACGAAUAUACAAAGCACCUUAUACGCCAUACAAAUAUAUUACAUGGUUAAAAGGCUAAAACAGUUUGAAAAAUAUGAACUAGAUAACCUACUACUGGAUGAUGAGGAAGUGGAAUGUGUUGUAAAUUAUGCGAAGCAACUGUACGAUAAAAAGAUAGGCUGCUUCUAUAACGUCAAUAGAAAGCCAUUGAGGGAGUACAAUGGCAGUGAAAGUGUACCUAGCACGCCUUUUGGAGCAGACCUGAGGCACACAAUGGCCGCCUUAUGUACAAUAAAUUUAUGCUAUAAAAUAUUAGGUUACAGCGAUGAAGAAAUACAAAAGAAAAUAGAAAAUGAAAUGAAUGUUGAAUUGAUAUAUAGAAGACUGAAAGAGCAUUUUAACGAUGAUGGAGGAAUAGCGUUACAAGUAGGAGGAGAAAGCAACGUAGCAGGAUGUUUUUGUUGCAUAGGCAGCAUGAUUUUAAUAAAAAGACUGAAUUCGUUGUCCACGUCGAGAAUUAGAAGAUUGGUGCUGUGGCUCCUUGAAAGAAUAUCGAUCUCAGGAGGAGUGAGUGGAAGAGUAGGAAAGUCAAAGGACAUAUGCUACAUGUGGUGGAACUUGGCGACGCUGACGCUGAUAAGGGGGAACCAUCGGAAGGCAACAAGGCUGUUUAACGAGAACGUCGCGAGAAAAAUGCUGGAGUUUAUCGCAAUAUCGCAGAACGAGGACGGAGGAUUCUCCUGUAACAAGUCCAGUACCGUGUCGGACCCGUACCACUCAUUUACAGCAAUACUCUCAAUAUCGCUGCUGAGAGAGUACCUGAGCACGAACGAUGAGGGAUUCACAGAUGACAGUAGGGACGGCACUGGAGACCACACUGUGAAUCAUAACAGUGCUCCGGCAGUAAAUUUGGACGCAGAAAGCGGCACCGGCAUAAAUAUAGGUGAUUCAACUGACCCCAAGGGUAUUCGAUUUAACAGAAUAUGUGUCGAAGAAAUUGGCAGAAUAAAUGCAUUAUAUGCAAUACCGUGUGACUAG